AUGAAUAUGGGAGAAGGUAAAACGUCAGUCAUUUUACCAAUGUUAGCUGUUAGUUUAUCUUCAUCUGAUUCCAGUUUGGUUCGUGUAGUAGUUCUUAAAUCUUUAUUUCCAACAAAUUAUCAAUCAUUGCGAUAUAAAUUAGGCGGUUUACUGAAUAGAUGCGUAUUUCAUUUUUCAUGUCGUCGUGAUAUGAAUUUUAACGAUGAACAAAUAAAUCAAAUAUUUAAUCGUCUCAAACAAGGUUUACGUAAUUGUGAUGUAACCUUAACUUCACCAGAAGACAUUCUGUCCUUCGAUUUUCUCACUAUAGAUAAAUGCCGACGAAAUGAAUUUGAUGUGGGUCGUUCUAUGUUGAUAGUUCAACGAUGGUCAAAAAACAUUUUCUCGUGA